CCCUGUACCGUUCUGUUGGUACGUUUACCGGUCAUUUCGCCCUGGUUACUUAGCCCCCUUUUCUAGAACCAAAAAUGUUAUAUUUGAAGCGCGCUUUUUUCGGUUUAUGGCUUAAAGAAGUCGAGGAACAUUACAUUUGAAGCGCACUAAAUGAUUCGAAAAUAAGGGGCUAAGUAACCGGGGCGAAAUGAUCCUGUCGGUACAGUUCACUGAAAUACUCUUUCAGUUUUAUAGCCUUCGGUUAUCUCGUGAGACAUUUCGUGCGUGAUGUCGUGGGCGCAUUGCAUUGAUAGGGAUCAGUUCAAGCAAGAACAACGGCGACGGCGACGAAUUUGUGCUGCCUCAAACUUAAUCGCGCUUAUUCCAUCUCGAUUAAUUCGUCAGAUGUUUGCAAAUGUUUUUGGAGUUGAAUUCUAAAGGACUGUAUCAAAGUUCAGGAAAAGAAAAAGAAAGUUGUUAUCUUGUGUUCCUGUUUUCGACAAAACGUGAAAUAAGGCACUUUCACGUUGUAGUCGUGCAACGACGGCCGGCAAAGAAAUGUACAAAAAAGCGUGAAGCACGUGCAAAGAACUUGUUGUUUUGCCCAUCUAAGCCUGUUGCUUUUUUUUUUUUUUUGGCCGUUCUCGUAGCCGUCACAGUCGUUGUUGCUUAAGCUCCCCAAUGUUCGAUCGACGAAAAAAAAAAUAAUGUCGUUCUUAUAGUCGUCCUCAUCUUAGAAUCUAAAGGUCUCCGCCAAUUAUCUGCCUCCAAAACGUCUUGCCAGUUUUCAAUCGCCAGUUAAUUGAUACGUCUGACUAUGUCGUACAAAAUAGUAUAAGUUUUUAAAAAUAAAACAUUCUCUUUCUGUUAAAUACGCUUGUUAACGUACGGGUUUGUCAUGUUUCUAGGUGAGUAGAAUCGGUUUUGAACAGAGCGUCUUCCCAGAAAAUGAAGAGAGAUUUUAUGAGGAUAUAAACCAGUACGCAGCUGGAACAUUUAUGUAUCGCGCUUACGGUAAGAUAGUGAUGUAUAAUAUAUGGCUGUUUGUCUCUGCGAGCUAACAAGUAUAAGUAAGUUCUGUGUUCUGAUUGGCUACCCGAGUGCCACGUGACCUUACGCUUGGAAAGCAAGGCAUACAACUGUGGUACAACAGGCCUGAUCCAGACUAAAAAUAAGGAUUCCUUGUCGAUAAAAUUUGGUUUUUAUUGAAAUAUUUAUUAUGUUCUUGACAAUCAAAACAACUCUUAAAAUACCCGUGUAAAUUGGUAUAAAUUUUGUUGCGAAUAUCGUUAUGCAAUAUCAAAACUGUACCGUUUAUGUUCUUCAGAAAGGUUGACCUUCGUUAGGGCGAAAGUCUCUCCACUUUUUUAAAAAAAAUCUUUGCAAAUUGAGACAGAGUGCUUCAAAACGUAUUACAAUUUAACCCGAGAUUUUCUGCAUUUAAGCUGCAGAAGGCGAGUUUUCUAAAGUGAAGUUAGAAGAAAGAAGAAAGCAAAGACAAGAAAGGAAGGAGAUGUGGCAGUCAGUGUUGCAACGGGAACAAAAUGAACUGCAGCGUGAAAUGUCACAGUUUGAUGAUAUUCUUUUGGUUGAUGUUGUAGAUGUCUAUCGCAGUCUUCCACGGAAACUUCUCAAGUUUUAUUCUUGGUACGAGCCGAGGUUUGCCGUCACUUAGAUAUAAUAGCUUCUCAGGUUAUCGAAUAGACUGUUCACGGCCCCCUAUUUUUUCUUGAGAUCGUUGAGAUAUAGCGCGUCUUACCGUUAAUGACGGCCAUCUUAAUUUUCAAAUGUACCGAGGGGGCGGGCGUCGGGGAUUAUAGCUUCCUCCCAAACUGCCCCCGCCCCCUAGUAGUUUUGACGCUCAUGCAAGAUGGCAGCCCGUAACGCAACGCGCUCGAUCUCGACAAUCUUACGGAAAAAUACAGGACUGUGAUCAGUCUAUUUAUCGAAAAAUGUCCUCUUUAGGCCCCAAGUACCUAGUUAGUGAUUAUGAAGUAUCGGCAUCUUUCCCAGCUGAUAUAGCUUAGGUGACUUUUUGCCUUUCUCCAUUUUUAUAUUAGGACUGUGAGAAGCAUGUUGUUUAAUUUUACUCUAAAAACAGACGACGACUGCUUUGUGAAUGUAGAUGAAAUCUUAAAGGUGAGUUUCACUGUCAUUUUGUUUUGUUUGUUUGUUUGUUUGUUUGAUUUUGGAGGGGACAGGUUCCCAAGUCAAUUUUUCCCCGACUAGUAGGCGUGGGUGCUUAGACAACUGGAACAGCAGGGGUAUGGAAAUAAGAGGAGACGGCAAUGUAGAACCUGUUACGGCCUCGUUGCUAGGGCCUUUCGCGCGAAAAUUCCGAGGGGCGUUUCUGAGAAGAAAGACGUGGGAACGAGGUUAGAGCUUAGUAAUUUCUUUAGAGAUAUGAAACAGUUCCUAUUUGUGAUUAAAGGUGCGUCAAGAACAACUGCCGUGUUUUCUCUUGACGGAGACACUGAUGACCCCAAUAGUGGAGAUUCUAAGGCUGUGGGCUCCCUUUGUUUUCUUAGAGGUUGUCAAUCAAACUCAGAAAAGUACAAACGUAGGGUAAACUCUGCUAUUUUUAAAAUGGAAAAUUUGUCUUUGGUAAAUAUUUUCUGAACAAGAGUAGAUAGAGUAUACAGUUUUGAAUAGGCAAUCAAGUAAUUACGCGACGCUAGGAACAUUGUAUUUCCACCUCCAUUUCCAUUCAUCUAGGGCGCUUAGUGUCAUUUUGUUUUUUUUGUAUCCAACAAUCUCACUCUAAAUUAAGCACGCAAUGCGCACCUCACCUUUAAUUAUGUGGUAGGAUCUCUUUACGGUUUCAGAGCUUCUGUUACCCUUCUGUUAGUUAACAGGAUAGUGGAUUAUUAUGUACACCGGUAGAGGAGUCGAUGAGAUGCGAAAAAUGUUAUUUCUGACGAAUGAGCCCGCGAAGAAGACAGAAAUAAAUAUUUUGACGGCACGAGAUACAACAGGGCCUGGGUACUAGGCCGGGUGCACCACGGGUAGCCAUAUCGGGGGUAUAUAAGGCUGCGUAUAUCACGUGUACGUCAUCUAGGCUUACGAACCACCCUCUCUUUGGUUUUUCUUUAUUUUUGUUUUAUAUAUUUUUAGGAGCAACAUAUUCUCGAUGACAUUGUAAAGUCCCGUAGGAAGGGCUUUGAGCUUGAGCCUUGGUUCCUACCCAGAUUUCCUGCCCGCAUUUUUUCCCUUCGGGGUUUUUUUGGGCAGGUUUUUUCUGGCCUCCGUCUGACCGCAUUUACUUCAGUUUGUAAGCGGUAGCUCAGCUCUGCUAGUUUUCAGUUUUUUCCCGUUUCUUAUCGUAUGUACUUGUACAGUUAUCUCAGUUUUGCACCUGCUCCUUUACUUGAUAUAUUUAGUUUCUAUGUAUGUCUAGGUCAGCAGUCCCGGAACCGCUCUUUAGGAGGCGACAUAAGUCUCGUUUGAUGCAGUUAGGUUGCAGGCAAUGUUACAGACUUCUAGCCAGGGUCUUUAUCCAUUUGUUUACUUUCAAUGUCCUGCCCUAGCCUUUUAUGGCAGCCUUACUGGUUAUUGGGCUACGUGCCUUGUUGGGUACAUUAGUGGAGAUAAUUCCCAGUUUCCCUGGCACUCAGCCUCUGUGCUGCUGAAGUGUUCCCGGUCCCAGUUAUCCGUUGAUCAGAGUUUUAUUUAAUUUCCCCAGCCUAACUGGCAGCCUAACUGGCACUAAGCCUGCGUGCUUCUUUGGGGGACUCAGGUCGAGAUCGACCAGUUGUGGCAGAUCUCUCUUUUGCUUAGCCUCUGUGCUCCUGCCGUGUUCCCUGUGCCAGUUAUGCGUUGUCAGAGUUUUAUUAAUUAGUUUUCCCAGCCUAACUGGCACUAAGCCUGCCUGCUUAUUUGGGGGAUUUAGGUCGAGAUCGACCAGUUAUAGCAGUUUUUCUUUUUGCUUAGCCUCUGUGCUCCUAUCGUGUUCCCUGUGCCGGCUAUAUGUUGUCAGAGUUUUAUUAAUUAGUUUCCCCAUAAUAACUGGCAGCCUAACUGGCACUAAGCCUGCGUGCUUAACUGGGUGAUUCAGGUCAAGAGCGACCAUUUGUAGCACGAGUUUUUUCUUUUUGUGAAAGCUAGUUUACGAGUGUUGUACAUUAGGUAUUCACCAGUAAUCACCUAUUAUUGUAUUUACAUAAGUACUUUGUAGGGUUGUUUCUCGCCAAGCCGUCCCAAAAUAACUUAUUUGCCAUUACGUUUUGUCUGUUGAUGUUGUGUAGUGGAGUCAAAAUCUAACUCUUUAAUUUCAUUACUCCUAGGCGCUAAACAAAAGAAAACUUCGAGGGAAAGAACGUAUUUGGUGGAGCAGGUAAAAUUUCCUAAAGAAACCGCAGGCAAAACUUAGUAAGUGUAUAUGAUUGUGUUGUACUGUUCAUGCCGUUAGGUUUCGCAGCAACUGGGCAGUGGAGCGCGUGGGGAAAUGGCGGGAAAUGGACUACACUGCUCCUGUAUAUCCAUCAUUUGCUUGUGGUGCGGGAAACAUACUCUCCGCUGACCUUGUGGAAUGGCUGGCAUUGAAUAAGGAUCAUCUUAAGAUGUACCAGGUAUACAAACUCUUAAUCUUUACCCGAUCACAGAAGGUCAUACAUUUUCUUGUCUGUAAUACCUACGCUGGAAUGUUCCUUUGUGAUCACUUAUCCAGUCUGGGUCCACGAGACUGUGGAGUCCUUUGCUUUGCUAACAUUCUGUAGUGGUGGUUUUCAAAGCGCAGAUAAGUUUGCGAGAUUGACUGCCUGCGACAUGCAUGAAUUUUCAAUAGUUAAGUUGCCCUAUCAGGAGGCGUAAAGGGUAUCAGUUUUCUCAGUAACUUUCUUGUGACUGUCUUAGUAACAAGUACUUGGCCUUGUAGGGUGAAGAUGUAUCGAUGGGAAUCUGGCUUUCAGCGUUAGGACCAAACAUUGUCAAUGUAAGUUUGUAGUGCAGCAGUCUCUUUGAUCCACCUUAAUUUGGGAGAUAUGCUUAUCCGAUUAGAAAAGGCUAUUUUUUGAUUCAUUAAUACAUCCCUAAUUCCGCCCCCCCCCCCUUCCCUCCCUUCCCCUCCUGUCCUCGCUCCAUCCAUCUGUUCAUCCAUUCAUUCAUUUUUUCAUUCGUCGACUCAUCAUUUUUUUUAGGAUUACCGUUGGUCAUGUGGGCGCGAGUGUGACACAGGUGUCUUCACUUCCCCAGAAAACGAUCCCGAGGAGCUUCGAGAGAUGUGGUCAGAUCUACAGCUUUGUGGGGAUCCUUGUGGCUGCUCUGAAUAA